AUGAGGUCCAUCCAGUCACUGCUUCUGUUUUUGAGUAGCAGUUUUGUAGUGGCUGCUAUUGCAACAUCCAGCUUUUCCGUCGAACGCCGCGAAGACAACGACAAGUCCUAUAUAGCCGCAUUCGAAUCCUCGGGGAACUGUUUCCAUUACCUGACGGAGAAGAAGAAUGUGGAAAAGUCGAAAGCUCCGUGUAAGGUCUACUGCCGAGGGCAAGGAGGCAAGGAAGGCAAUUACGGAUGCGACGGCAGCGCCUUUCAAGACAUACCACUGAACAAAAUUCAACCACAAUAUAGGGACAAUGAUGGCAACAUCUGGACACCUGGCAAGUGUGUCUGCGACUUUGAACUAGCGGAGGCUCUUCUUGACGUUGUGAUGGAAGGCCUGGCUGAUCUGGACAAAUACAUUUGUUUAGGGAUGCUCGAGGCAUUCAAUUCUAUCCUCACCUACGGCAUCUCAUUCAUCCCCACCGGUGCCGUCGCUCAAGGAGCAAAGGCAGCAGUGCAAGGCGCCAAGACAUUCUUCGAGAAUGGGCUAGAGGCAAGCUCCUUUUUUGGCGAUUGGGUCGGUCCUGCCUGCGGUGUGAACGAUUGGCAAUUUGACUUGUUCGGUGCCCUUCUGAACAUGCCUGACUCUAUGGGUCGCAGCACUGGCUGCCACAAGAAGGCUAAGUCUAGUUGUAAGAAGUCGGAUCCAAAGCCCGAUCCUCCGAAUACAGCCAGGCCAUCAUCGAAGGCUGCGGACAAGACGAAUCAUCCACCGGCAAGCAGUUCGAACGAUGCUUGUCAACUCAAAGUCCGUCGAGCUAACGGAAACAACAACUUGUGGGAAGGAAAACUCGGUGAUCCACGAACGACAACUGAAGACUGUGGAAAGCACACCCGGGUACUGAUCACCGAAACAGAGAAGGACAUCGGCUUCUACGAAACCAAAAUCACCGGCAUAAAGUGCAAAAAGGAAUGGGAACAGGCCUGUUACCACUACUCGUCAAUGAUGGACGUUCAUAAGGCUACCAGGUCUAUGACCGAAUGUACUUGUGGAGCCACCUCCGAUACGGCGAAGACGGGCGAUGCCACAAAGCUUUGGGGUUCUGCGGCCAUCGGGCCUCUCAGAAAGACUGAUGAGCACUGGGUGUGGCCCUGGGCAAAUGGAUGGGUUCCACGGGUCGUCCGGUUAGACGCCAAUGGCAACCCGAAGGUCAACAGAUUCGGUCAUGAGGAUGCCGACGGUUGUGAUAGGGAUGAGUGGCCUCCACGAAACUUCUGGCCUAAAGACAAAGUGGCGCACCCGAAAGGUAUGAUACAACGAAUUCGAUUCAUUCCCUACCAACACAAUCGAGGAGCCGGCAAUCUGUGGGGCAACUUUUGCUCCAAACACAGUGCCAUGUCGACCAAAGUCGUGCAAAAUGGACCGGAAACCCUUUACGUCAGAGACAACCUGAUCAGCACCAUCAACGAGAAAGUCAAAGUAAUUACAGGAAAAGACAAGACAAUGACUCGAAUCACGACAGUGUCUGUCCAGACUCCCAGGGCGAUCUUCUCCAUAGACGACUGGGAUGGACUGGAAAAGGACACCGACUGGUACGGUUUGAAGGAGAACCCUUGUUGGCCAAAGGAUCUGGUUCCAGAUGACCCAGGCUGGGUCCUUAACACAGCGGAUGAGUUUUACAGCCAAGGUCAGCACCCGGACUUGGCAAAACACACCAAAAGUUACAGGGGGUUGCCCGACCUUCAGGCGUUGAAGAAUGCCUUGGCAAAACAUGGUGGAAGUCCCCCACACCCGUUCAGCAAGGUCGACCUCAACGUUUGGGACACGAAGAAAAGGAUCAAGAUGGGCGAUAAGGAGGGCGAAAUUCCGAAAGACUACCGUGGCGUGCUUCCCGGCAACCCCAAACCUAAGAAACGGAGGAUGUUGCUUGAAGAGAGUCGCCGAGACAAUGGGACCGACUUUGAGCAGGAUGAUGAGCCUUUUGACGGAGAUGAAGAUGAAGAUGCAUUUGACGAAUGGGAGAAUUGGAGAGAGAGGGCUCAUUUUGAGCUGGCUUCGAGGACUACGCCUCAGAGGACGGAAGCAGAGGCAACUCCCGCGGGCCAAGGUGACGCCACACCCACUCCUGCUGCACAAGGCUCCGCAGUCGCGAAUGAGUGGCCUUUAUCCACAAACUAG